AGACGAGAUUGUCUGUCUGAUCUGGUUCUAGCGAACGAACGAAGCAGGCUUAUCACAUCAGUUAUUCAGUUCUAUGGAAAUACCGAAGCGUGAAACAUCAUCGUGUUGUGGCCUACUACGCUCGAUUGUACGCAAUCAAAUCCGUCCGAGUUGUGUUGAUUCGUUUAGUCGAACCGAUUAGGAAGAAGUAGGAGGCCAACUUUCAGUAGCAGCCGUCUGGUGAGUGGGGUUGCCUUGGCGUGGUUACCACCAUCAUCUUCCUUUUUCGACAAUCGACGGACCCUCCACGGCAGCAUCACGUGCCGGACAUUUACUGUGUGUUUCACUUUCCACGGCCAUUCCGCAUUUGUUUCCUUCCUUCCUUCCGAGGGGCAUUGUUGGUACCCUCUCUCUGCUGCUGCUGCUGCUGAGGAAGAAGAAACCCAAUUGAGAGGAAAGGCCAUUUUUCACGCUUCGGUUAAUUCAAUUUCGAUUCGGCCCCCUUCCUCCGAUCCUCCUUCACGGCCAUUCAGCAGCCAGACCUUUGGGGUAAAGUUCAUCAAAUUACAAAACAGGAAAGCGAAAUAAGAAACCAUCAUGAACUACCGGAACCGGAAGCCGUCACCACCACUGGCGUUCGUCUUCUUCUUCUUCUCAAUGGCCAUUAUUUUCUCAUUAUCGACUGGUGAGCAGCAGAUCGAUUCCAUGUCGACCCCCGGAGAUGAUAAAUUACAAGUGACGGUUUAUUACGAAGCCCUCUGCUAUGAUAGUAUUCAAUUUAUCACGAAUCAACUGGCGCCCAGCUGGGUCAAACGUCGCGGCAAUAUGGACCUCAAGCUGGUGCCCUUCGGGAAGGCUUACAUCGAUGAUUCCAAUGAGGACAAUCCGAGGUACUACUGUCAGCAUGGACAGCGCGAGUGUCAGCUGAACAUUCUGCAUGGCUGUGUGCUGGAUAAGCUGACGCUGGAUCAGGCCUUCCCGGUGAUUGCCUGUCUGAUGAGGGGCUUCCGGACGUCCUUUGAUGAGUGCAUCAGAAAUCACACAGACGUGAAGGCCGACAUUGAAACCUGUGCCGAAGGAAAACGUGGAGCUGCUCUCUUCAAACAGGCAGAAACAGAUACCAAUCUGGUAGCAACUCCUCUGUCCUUUGUUCCAUCUAUCGAAGUCAAUCAUGUCUUCGACUAUUACGAUCAAGACCGUUGGCUGAACAGAUUUGAUCACAGCUUCCAGCAAGACUUUAAGAACAAAUUUAAGAAAUCACUGGUGUGAAACUCCACUUAACAAGCAACAUUAGAAGUGUUCUUUUUUUUUCAACUGUAAACGAGAUAGUCUCAAAUAAAACAAUCAC